GACGGACGUAUGCUUGGCUGGCCGGUCGCCACAAGUUGCGAAUAGUCUCUAGUUUUUGUGCAGAAAGGUAUGUAGGCAAGCUAUAGUUUAUGUGGCGAGCAAAAGGCGGCAUUUGACGUCGCUGGCGCGUCCAUGACAUGUGGGGUAUGCUGGCAUUAAAACGCAGGGCAGACACGAGUUCGUUAAAGAUCGAGAAGAUUGAGAGGCACUAAUAAUAAUAAAAAAUCUGCAAUUUGUGAGAAGAAAUCGACACGCUCGUUACCCGCUGCCUUCAGAUAUACAUAUGGUUCAGUCGCUGGUCACCGGACUGCCAUAUGCAUGAUUGCACACUGCACCGUGCGCACCAGCAUCCAGCCAUGUCGCCGUUUGCGCCUCCAUACAACACCAACGUCCUCCUGGCCGCGGUGGCCGCGCUCUCGGCGGCCAUCGCGUUCGUCGCCGCGCUCCACCUCUACGCCCGGUGCUUCCUGCAGCGGCGUGCCGCCGCCAUCAGCGUGGGGAGCAACGCUCACGCGCUGGCUUUGGCGCUGGCGCUGCAGCGGCCGCCGGACGGCUACGAGCUCGAGGUGAUCACCGUCGACGCCGCGUGCGCGCCGGAGCCCGCGGGGCUGGGCGCCAAGGAGCUGGGCGCGCUGCCGGUUCUCGUGUGGGAGUCUUCGUCUGCCAAGGUGGCAGCCGCCGCCGUCGCCGAGCAUUGCGCGGUGUGCCUCGGGGAGAUGGAGGACGGCGAGCUGGGGAGGAUGCUCCCGGCGUGCAGCCAUGCGUUCCACGUCGGGUGCAUCGACGCGUGGCUCCGGCUGAGCUCCACGUGCCCGGUCUGCAGGUCGGCGGUGAGGACGGAGGAGGAUGUGGCGGCGCCGGCGGGCGGAGUGGCCCCGCUGAGCUAGCUAGAGCUGCCGAGUGCAGUGUACAUGGGUAAACUAUAGACGGCUGGCAUGGUGUUUCUGUUCCUUUUGUUUUGUCAAGGUUAUUAAUUCCAUCUGAGUUCUGGGGAUUACAUGCUGGAAUUUAUAGGAAACAGUACAAAUCGAAUAAAUCUCCCAGGAAAAA